CAGUCUAAACAACUUCUUCGGCAGAGAUCUUAUCACAGCGAAGCUGGAUCUGCUCGCGGACGGACUGAGAUUUAACCGAGUGACCCGAAAGCAGCAGUAUCAUCGGCCGACACGCGACAACAAUUUAGCUGUACAUAUAUAACACUGAGGAACGAGCGGAACUUUACUGUAUAUACAUAUUUUCUUCUUCUUUUCAGCUAGCGUUGUUUUUUUUUUUUGUUUGUUUGUUUUGAAAGUUAAGAUGGGGAAUCUGUGGUGGUUGCUUCUCGUCGGACUGGCGGCUGGGUCAAUCAGUGAAAGAAUCUUUGUCUCCUCCCAGUCCUUUAGCACAGAUGACUUGUACAUAGAGGGCCAAACAUCAGGUGACCUCCCUAUAGAUGAUGAAGAUGGUGAAGAUGGUGGGUCAGGCUCUGGAUCUGGAGACUUUGCUCUCCUCUCCAGAGAAGUGUUUCAAUCACAGCCUACAGCAAGCACUCCUCACAACCCACCAACCACAGCAGCACGCAGCCAGCAGCCAGCAACCACAGUGAAGGACACUCAGACACCAUGGUUCAUUAUCCCUGAUGGGGACAACAAGGAUGAGGAGGUGCCAGAUGUGGGUCCCAGCACAACCAACACGCCUCUGAGUGACACUACUGCAGCGGAUGAUGGUGCAAUGGAUUCCAACGACAGGAAUCUGGAUGGUUUAACACCAAUUUACGAAGAUACUAUCAAAAAGUCUGUUCAUGACGGUCAGGCCAGAGCUGGUCACGGUGACAGAUUACAAGAUGUGAUAUCCUCUGAGAACCUGCUGGAGAGAAAAGAAGUGCUGGCAGCUGUGAUAGCAUGCGGUGUGGUGGGAUUCCUUUGUGCUGUUUUCCUCCUAGCCCUCCUUGCCUACCGCAUGAAGAAGAAGGACGAAGGUAGCUACGAACUGGGAGACAACAAACUUUCUGUGACUGCAUAUCACAAAGCACCUACCAAGGAGUUCUACGCCUGAACUGACCAACAGGGACAAAGCAGGGUGGACUUUGUCUCCUGCCCAUCAGGACUCAAAUGGCUCUGUAACCAGCCGAAGGUGAUUCCUCUUAAUGAAGUUUAAAGUAGACAUCUCUGCUCCUCUCCAGUGCUCCAUACACUUUAUUUUUUUCUUGCCGUUCCCACCUUUAUCCUCUGUUGCUUUAUUAUCUUUCUACGUAACGUUCAGUGUUUGUGAAGAAGGGGUCAUAAGAAAAAUAAAAUCAGACUAUUAAAAUGCAUUCCUGUCACCCCGUGCUAAGGAAGGAGUUAGAUAUAAAUCCACAUCCUAUAUUUUAACAAAGGAAUCCUAGAAUGAUCAGUGGAUCAUUCUAGUGUUGGUGAGUCGUCAGUGUGAAAUUAAAUGUAACGCUGUGCCUUUAGACCCACAGAUGAACCACGCUGGGCUAAAACUGGUUCUGUAUUGAUUGUUUUUUUUGAUGGAUGUACAGCUGAAUCAGCUCAGUUCAGCCUAUUUUGAAUGCUUUGAAAUGGUACUACAUUCUGUAUAGGAAUAGUAUUAAAAUGGACCUUUAAAAAGUU